AUGACCCGCACUCGCUCUGCCUCGUACAGCUCCCCGAAGACCUCAACCGGCUUCGACUUGCCCUUCGACGCCCAUCCCUCUCCUCCCUCGUCCGAGUCCGCAACUCCCACUCGCACCCGCCGUCACUCGCUCGCCGGAUCUCGCAGUCCGACUCCCCCACUCGACUUGUCGCCUCCGUUGCCCAGCAGCUGCUUCCUCCCUGACGCCUUCAAGACGCAGGCGGCGGGACUGACGGUUCCUGCUUCUCCUCUUCCUUCGCCUCGCCCGACUGGGCUACAAGGCUUCCAGAGUGUCGUCUCGCCGCUCGUCUACUUUGACAGCUAUCCUGACGUGGGCGAUGCUACACCGUAUUCUCCGCCUGUGUGGCAGCACGAGUUCCAGCCGUAUUCGCCUCCUCCUCAGAAUCCGUUCGAAGGCGGCUGGCAAGUCGAUCCGGCUCUGGCUGGGUUCGCUCCGUCUCAGGCCUGCUUUCCACUGUCUGGUCUCGGCUUGUACGAGUCUUCUCCAUUGAUCUAUCCCAUCUCUUCUCGCGCUCCUCCUUCAUACUCGCCAGACUUGGGCUACUUCCCUCCCAGUCCGCCCUUUGGCUUCAGCCCUCCGUCUUUCUCCUUCUCAUUUUCUCCUCCUGUGCCUUAUCAGCCUGCUUAUGUCCCAAGUCCUGCUCCUUUCCCGCUUUACCACCCUGCCCCAGGCUUUGGCUUCACCACUCCUCCUCCCUUUUCGCCUUCGAACUUCCCGCUCCCUCCGCCUCCUCUCCCCUCUCCCCCAGUCGCCGCAACUCCCGCCCCUCCCGCUCUCAGCACAACAGGCAAGACCGCCUCGCAGCUCCUCGAGGAAGGCGAGGCGUUCUGGUCGACUGGGACUUGCAAGUUCUUCGACGUCGAGAAGGGCUUCGGUUUCAUCGUUGACGACCACAACCAGGAGAUCAAGCUGGACGUCUUCGCACACUACACGGGUGUUGAUCAAAAGCGCGGCUUCCGCUGUCUCGCUCCGGGCGAGAGGGUCGAGUACGUCUUGACGAAGCUGUCGAACGGCAAGCUCCAAGCCUUCCGUAUCAAAGGCGAGAACGGCGCGCCCUUGCAAGGCCUGGCCAAUCCAGCGCAGGCCGCAGCGUUCGACAAAUCCGUCGGGAAGAUGCAGGACGGCGAGGGGUGUCCGCAGAUCCGGGCGGCUAUGAAGGAGCGAGCGCUGACGAGCGGGCGAAUGUGA